AUGAAUGGAGUCAAGCCAUGGGGCCGUUUGGUAUACUUGACCAAUGGACCUGCCAAAUCUAUCGAUCUCAUUAAUGCCGAGUACGCGUUUGGUCGUGGUAAAGCCUGUCAAAUAGUACUCGAUGACAAUCAAAUGAUUUCCAAACGUCAAUUUGUGAUUGCUUUGGUGGAAGAUACACCAUGCUUGAUGGAUGUGUCUCAGAAUGGAACUCUUGUUAAUGGACACAACAUCGCAAGGCAUCGAAUAAUUUUGACCCACGCUGCUGAGAUUGAGAUUGCGCCUGAAGCAUAUUUCUUUGUAUUCUACCUACCAAAUCAGCCUAUCCCUCUUACCCUCCCACCAAACUCUCACUACAUGAUACUAAACACAAAGACAUUGGGACGUGGAUCCUUCGCAGAUGUCAAGAUGGCAAUCGACUUACGAAGUGGUGAAAGAGUUGCUGUAAAGAUAUUUGAUCAAACUAUUACUAAAGGAGUGAAUACGAAAUCUGCCAUGUCGAUGCUGGACGUCAGGAAUGAAGUGGAUUUGCUCAAGAGAAUUCGUCAUCCAAACGUUGUAGCGAUCAAGGAUGUGAUUCAUACAACAUCUCAUGUUUAUCUCUUUAUGGAACGAAUCACUGGAGGAGAGUUAUUCGACCAUAUUGUCAGUGGUACCGGUGUCCUAGAAGAAGCUGAAGCCAAGUUUGUAUUCUUCCAAAUCGCUCGAGCUGUACACUAUCUACAUCAACAAGGCAUCACGCACCGUGAUCUGAAACCUGAAAAUCUUUUAUUGGAAACGAAGCAACCAUUCUCUCGUAUGAUAUUGACAGACUUUGGACUUGCGAAAUUCCGACCACCUCUUCAACGAAUGCAAACAACUUGUGGAACUUUCUCGUACAUGUCUCCAGAAAUGCUGACUGAGAAUUCGCCUGGUGUGCCCAACACUGGAUAUUCUUCCAAAGUGGAUUGCUGGAGCUUGGGUUGUCUGUUGUUUGCCAUGCUGUAUGGAGAACUACCCUUUGGACAAGACACGAAUGGACACGGUACUGAUCAGCUCUUUUCUCGCAUUCGGAAGGGGAAUUUUGAGUUCCCAAACACUCGUGUUCAUCGUGUUACAUCACAAGCCAAGAAUCUCAUUGAGUGUCUACUCAAGGUUGAUCCACAAGAACGAUACUCAAUGGAACAAGCGCUCGAACAUCCAUGGAUUACCUGUCAAGGGGACAUUCUCAAGCAACUGUAUCACCGAAUGUUGAAAAAGUCUGGAUGGUCUUGA